AUGCCCGCUCCCAAGAACAACACUGCCUCCAACUCGUCGACCGCGUCGGGCAAUACCCAGCCUGCCCCGGAGGCUACCACCACCACCACUACCACCGCGGCCGGCACCACCACCACCACCGCCGGCACCGGCGCGGGCACCCGCCCCACCCGCGCCCGUUGGACCGAGGAGGAGGACGCCAUCUUCCUCCACGUCCUCCUCGACAUUCUCCAUCGCGAGAUCGACGAGUACCUCGUUGAUGAGGCUCUUAACGCGGCCUAG